CUCAUCUCUUAAAGAAAAAAAAUAAAAAAAAUAUGCUCAUUACCAACAUUACUCGUUCAUCUUUGGCCACUUUUCGUCCCCUGACAAAGCGUUCUUAUGCCGCCGCUGCCACUACAGCUGAGCCAAUCAAAAAGACAGCUUUAUAUGAUUUCCACGUUAAGCAUGGUGGCAAGAUGGUCCCUUUUGCUGGUUAUGCUAUGCCCGUCCAAUACUCCAAUAUGGGUAUGUUGGCCUCUCAUCAUCACACACGUCAAAAGGCUUCUAUCUUUGAUGUUUCUCACAUGCUCCAAUCUCGUCUUACAGGAAAGGACCGUAAAAAGUUCCUGGAAAAAUUGAUCGUAGCUGACUUGGAAAACUUGCCUAUCGGUCAAGGUACUUUGUCUGUCUUUACCAACGAACAAGGUGGUAUCAUUGACGAUACUAUUGUGAUGCAACACGAAAAGAGCUUGUACGUGGUCUCCAACGCUGGUUGUGCUGAUAAGGAUUUGGCUCAUAUUCGUAAACACUUGGCUGACUUUCAAAACAAGGGUGGCGAUGUUGACUUUAAUGUCAUUACCGAUCAUUCCUUGAUCGCCCUCCAAGGUCCCAAAGCUGCUGCUGCACUUGAAGGCUUAGUCGGUAAGAGCUUGCAAGAUUUCAGCUUCAUGCAUGGCAAGUACUUGGAUGUGGCUGGUGUUCCCUGUCACGUCGCUCGUUCAGGUUAUACUGGUGAAGAUGGUUUUGAGCUUUCUGUACCUACCGAGGAGAUCUUAAACAUCACGGAAAAGUUGUUGGCUCACCCCGAUGUCGAGAUGGCUGGUUUGGGUGCUCGUGACUCACUUCGUCUUGAAGCUGGUCUUUGUCUCUAUGGUAACGAUUUGGAUGAUACUACCACACCCGUUGAAGCUGGCUUAACAUGGACCAUUCCUAAAUCUCGUCGUGAGACUGGUGGUUUCUUGGGUGCCGAACACAUUUUACCUCAAAUCAAGGGCGGUCUUACUCGUCGUCGUGUUGGUCUUUUGGUGGAAGGAGCUCCUGCACGUCAUGGUGCUGAGAUUUUGAACAAGGAAGGUGAAGUGAUUGGUACUGUCACCUCUGGAUGUCCCUCCCCCGUUUUGAAGAAGAACAUUGCCAUGGGUUAUGUCAAGAAUGGUCAACAUAAGCGUGGUACUGAGUUGGAUGUCAAGGUCAGAAAUAAGAUUCAAAAGGCUGUCAUCACCAAAAUGCCUUUUGUCGAGGCCCAAUAUCAUAAAUAGAUCAUUCUCUUAUCCCAUUUUCAUUUCUUCUUGUUUCUUUGUAAUUUUAUUUCACAUUAAAAAAAAAGUCUUUCUUAAA